GAGUCCUCCGUUGUUUUUAUUAGUCUCGUAUCGGAGGGCGAGAAUUACCGAUCUGCACAAACGGUGGCCGCGGUUCUCGGACUCAGCCCGUUUUCCCCACCGCUGUCGUCCGACCCGUCGCCGCCCGCGCCUGCUGUCAAAACGGCGCUUUGGCUUGUUUGGGGAUUACGAGCGGCGGACCACAUACAGUAAGGCUACGCAGUUAGGACUUGUGUGCGCUCAGCUGUCAAACUGAAACUAGUGGAUAUACUGGACCCAACACACGCUGGACAUAUUUCCAGUGAGGAUAUUGUCGACAAGCCGUACUUAUUGAGUGGCUUUCAUGUCUUUCCCCCCCCCUCUCCUCUCCUCCCCUCCCCUGGAUUAUUGCUGCCCAGCAACCCAGCAGCCACCUGACAACUCUGAAUGUCGUAAUUAAGGUGAAUCAAUGAUCCAGCAAUGGAGACCAAAAGAUACCAAAGUUUCUUUGAUGGAAAUGAUACGGAGAACAGAUGGUCUCAGGUCCCAAGCACCAUGGAGUAUUGCUGCAGUACAGAGGAAUCCAGCCUGGCUGGCAAUGAUAUCCUGAUGGACAUAGUCAAGGUCAGCUGCCCUGCUGGAAGCCCAGCAGCUGACUUCAAAGACAACAACGCAAAGAAGCAGGAGCAGCACAUGCUUCGAAUAAGCCAGAACCAGCCUUUUGUUCGCCCUCUGUUUAACAACUCUCUCCAUGGUCGCAAGCAGGAAAUGGACUCUAAGGAGCUUUCCAAGACAGUUGCUGAGUCCAUGGGCCUGUAUAUGAAUGCUGCCAGGGAUGCAGACUUUGGCUUUAGCCAGCAUGGAGGCAGUUCUAGCCCUGGAAAGAUGUACCCACUGUGUGGACGGCCACUUGAGGACAAACAGUGUGUGUCCACAAAGAACCCCAAGUUGAAGUCAUUGGGAUUUCAGCAGCCCGCCACCAUUCCCAGAGAGCGCACUCCUGGAACCCCGGUUAGCUCAGCGUCUAUUCUGGCCUCAUCUCUUUCCUGCAGCCCUCAGACCUCCAGUUCUAUCUCUAGCCCUGGGGGCAGCAACAAUAUAGUCUCAUCCACCACCAGUCCCACCACAUGCUUUGGGCCAGUUUGUUCGUCCAUCAACAGCCCUGCCAAUCAGACUUCCUCUGACCCGCCUCUUGCCCAUAUCCAACGCAGGAAUUCAGCCACAUGUAGCCCCGUGGAGUCCAGCACAGUUGGCUCGCCGCCCCUCACCAGCCCACUCAACAUUAUUAGGUCCCCCAUGUCUAGCCCCCAGAGUAUGAGCAGUGUAAAAUCACCACCCUCCUGCAACACCACGUGUAACAUUAGGUCAUCUGUCUCGAGCCCUGCAGGUGGCAAUAGCAACAACACCACCAACAACUGCAACACACUGAGGCCCUCCAUUUCCAGUCCGUCCGCAGAAGGUGUAAUGGCUGUCAGCAGCCCACAGAACCCCACAUCUGCUGGUUUUCCAGUGCCCAGUCCUGCCAGUGGAAUGGGUAUGGUACAGAAUGACAACAACAGCCCGAAGGCAACAGGUCUGACUCGAGACCAGGACUUUGAGAACUUUGAUUUUCCUAAAGUAGAGAUGGUGGACGGGGAAGUGUUUAAUGUGGGGUUGGACCAGAUGGGGAUGGUCAAAUACAUUAAGAAUGAGCCUGGAACUGACAUCCGGAGCAUGUGUCUAGGCAACUCCAAAUGUAAUGUGAGUAGCACGCCCUUUAUUGCACAAAUAAAGAGUGAGCCAAACAAAGAUGAGGGAUGCAUGAAUCAGCAGCCCUAUGGUGAACAACCACCAUCUCUAGGUUUCUUCCCUGCAUCUGAGACUACCUAUUUAUCCCUGAGGAAUAACAUUGAUGAAUACAGUCUCUCUGGCAUCUUAGGACCCCCUAUUUCCUCCAUGAAUGGUAACUAUGAGCCUGAUGUGUUCUCCAACAAUAUCUUGUCCAAAGGGGUUAAGCAAGAGUCCAACGAUGGCAGCUAUUACCAAGAGAAUAACAGCAUGUCAACAUCAGCUAUUGUUGGAGUUAAUUCCGGUGGACACUCGUUUCAUUAUCAGAUUGGAGCACAAGGAACGAUGUCUUUCACACGGCAUGAUGUUAGGGACCAGUCCAAUCCUUUGUUGAAUCUAAUUUCACCUGUAGCAGCAUUAAUGGAGUCGUGGAAAUCUCGGCCAGGCAUGUCACAGGGGUCAAUGUUGGCCAGAGGGGAAGGCUACCCAGGCCAGGGCUGCAUCACAGACAGCAUGUCAAGGUAA